AUGCUUUCAGCAACCAUUUCUUCCUACCCGGAUGUCCCACAAGGGAUGCAGAUAUCCUCCAUGACUGAAGACAUUAUUUCUUCCUCUCUUGAAGUAAACUCGGGGGCAGAUUCUCACCCAAGCUCUCUCCUCUCCAAUUUUUCCAUUCUCAAGGAAAAGGUUUUUCAGGUGGAGUCACUGAUCAGCAUCCUGAACUCACUAAAUCAUAGCCAAACUGAAUUAUCAGCGUCCUUAGCCGCAGUCAGCAUGGAUACCGUAAUCCAAGAAAUAAUCAUGACCACCUCCUCAAUGACUUUCAUAUGCCAACAAAUGGCUCUUGGUUUCACUUCUGCCGGCAGUACUAGCAACCAUGAAUUGCAGCAGCAGCAGCAGCAACAGUGUCGACAGAAUCGAUUUCCUCAAUCAAACUUCGGAAACAAUCGUGAUGGGAUCGUAAUCCAAGAAGGAGAGCAGGGUUUCUAUUCUGGCUACAUGGUUGAGUGGAAUGAUGAAAGCUACAACAAUUCCAGUAACAAGGAUGAAAACCGGAGUGUUAUCACCGGAAACAACAAAAAGAUUGGAGACGGAGAACGUCUUUCGCUGGAAUAUGAUGUCAUCCAAUUGGAAGCUGCUGAUAUAUUGGCUAAGUACACACAUUAUUGCCAAGUUUGUGGAAAAGGGUUCAAGCGAGACGCUAAUCUGAGAAUGCACAUGAGGGCUCACGGAGAUGAAUACAAGACCAUUGCAGCUUUAGGCAACCCCAUGAAGAAUGGGAUGGGCAACAGAAAAGGUUUGAGGGAAUUGCCUAGGAAAUAUUCGUGCCCACAAGAAGGGUGUAGGUGGAAUCAAAAGCAUGCAAAGUUCCAGCCUCUGAAAUCCAUCGUUUGCGUAAAGAAUCACUACAAAAGGAGCCAUUGCCCGAAGAUUUAUGUUUGCAAGCGAUGUAACCACAAACAGUUCUCGGUGCUGUCUGAUCUACGAACACAUGAGAAGCACUGCGGGGAUCAGAAAUGGCAAUGUUCGUGCGGAACCACAUUUUCUCGAAAAGACAAACUCAUGGGACAUGUUGCUUUGUUCUUUGGGCACACCCCGUUGAAUAGCUCUUUUAUAAAUCAAGCAUAA